AGAGCCAGUCCCCGCCUAAAACCCUUGGCCCGCCUUCUCUUCCAGUCUCUGUUUCUCGGCGAUAAUGGCGAAUGUGGCAGGUCUUUCAUCAUCCUCGUUUCUCAGCCUUCAAUUUGGAAAUGAUAAGCUAUUCUUCAGUCAUCUUCUACCUAAACGGUGUUGUCAGCGUAAAUGCAAUUAUGAUAUUUUCAGACACUGCACGAUUAAGUGCAGAGUCACUAGGCCCAAAGAGGCUCCUUCGGCAAAUUUAGCUUCCUUAGUAAGAGAACCUCACAAGUAUUUCGAUCAGGUAAUAAUCACAGUUCGUUCGGGCGACGGGGGCCACGGUGCAAUACUUAGCAUGCCUAAUCAGAGAUCUCCCAAGUCCAAGGGAAGCUGGGACAAGGACAAGACAAGCUAUAAGAGCUCAUACAAAAGAGAUUUUGAUGGGUCGCUUAUUCUUCCUAUGGGUGGGCAUGGAGGUGAUAUAGUGGUUUAUGCCGACGAGGGGAAAGAUUCUUUAUUGGAGUUCCACACAAAAAGCUCGUUUAAUGCAAAACGUGGUGGAAAUGUCGAUGGUAUGGGCGUUUUAACCUCCCAGUUGCAUGAUGGAUUCGCUGCUCCAACUUUGCGUAUUGCUGUGCCUUUAGGCACAGUCGUCAAGCAUAAAAGAGGGAAGCUACUGGCUGAUCUAGCCCAACCAGGUGAUGAAAUACUUGUUGCAAGGGGUGGGCAAGGAGGGAUUAGCUUGCUAAAAGUACCAGAACAUAGAAGGAAAAGAUUAAUGACUUUAACCACAAAUGUGUUGAGAGAUGACGGUGAUAAGGUACUAAUUCUUGGUCAGCCUGGUGAGGAGGUUAGUUUGGAGUUGAUUCUACGAGUUGUUGCUGAUGUUGGUUUAGUUGGUCUUCCAAAUGCUGGAAAAUCCACCCUUUUGGCAGCCAUAACACGUGCUAAACCUGAUAUUGCUGAUUAUCCAUUCACAACGUUGAUGCCAAAUCUUGGGCGCCUUGACGGUGAUCCAACUUUAGGGGCAGGGAUGUAUUCAUCUGAAGCAACAUUGGCAGAUUUGCCUGGUCUUGUAGAAGGUGCUCAUUUGGGAAAGGGUCUUGGUCGCAAUUUCUUGAGGCAUCUUAGAAGGACCCGUGUAUUGGUCCAUGUUGUUGAUGCAGCUGCUGAGGACCCUGUGAAUGAUUAUAUAACUGUCAAAGAAGAAUUGAGGAUGUACAAUCCUGAGUACCUUGAAAGACCAUACAUUGUGGUUCUAAAUAAGAUUGAUCUUCCUGAGGCAAGGGAUAGACUUUCAUCAUUGGCUGAAGAAAUUUCAAGAAUUGGUCGUGAUGAAGUACCUUCUGAGCAAGAAGUAGUGGUUAAUGAUGCAUUUCAUACCUCCACAAGAUAUGAUGUUGCCAAUAAAUUAUCUUCUCAGAUCUCUAAUGGAGAUAAUAAUGAUAAAAUGAUUGAGGAUUAUCCAGCCCCUCUUGCAGUUGUGGGUGUCAGUGUUCUGAAAGGCAUAAGGGUAAAUGAGAUGUUGAAGGAGAUAAGGGCUGCCUUAAAGAAGUGCAGGGAUUAUAACGAGGCAUUCGAAACCAAUUCCUAAACCAUGACAGCAACCAUUUUGCAAAAUGUCUCUAUGACACCUAGGGCAGCCAGUUUGUUUGCUGACAUAAACCAUGAUUUUAGAUUGGUAGACAACAUUGUGAAUCAUGUCAAGUGCUGGUCCAGAGAUGUGAAAGAGCAGAACUGCAACAUCUCAGCUGCCAACUUCAGAUACAUUUAUACAUCCUGGUGCCUACUGUAAUCCUAUCAUGAAUCUUUGUAAUGGUGAUGUAGAUUAUAGGAUUUGGCUGGUUUCUCACUAGCUUCUCUGCGAUGUUUACCAUAAUUUUGCAUCUGUAAAUGUGUACAAGGCUGUCUACAGUACACUGUGCCGGGCUGUUUACAGGCUUAUGUAGAAAAAAGGUCAACAUGUAUCGUUACUGCUAUUGCUAAACGCUAGGAAAUUUGUUGAAUCUUGUAAAAAUAUUGAGGGCAGAGAAAGGCAAAGGCUUAUAUAGAAUUGCUAUAUGAACUAGCAAAAGGGGCAGCACCAAAAAAGAUAUUGAAAUAUUUGAGCAAAUUGCUUGCCAUUUUAUA